GCAAGCGGAGUUUUUUGGGGCUUUAUAGCGAAGCUGUUUUUGGAGCGCUCGGCGCGGUUCCUCCUCCCCCGGGGGGGAGGGGUCAGCCCCGGGUUUUUAAGGCUCCGAAACGCAUGCAGGUUCAUCUAAAACACUCCAUGCCUCGGUGGGAAACACGCUCUCACAGGACCUCAAGUUGGACGAAUAACAAGUUGUAAACAUGGAUGUGCUUGACCUGACAUUUGACGUUUUCGACAAUUCCACUGACUUCUCAGACGAGUCUGGAGAAAUGCCAGACUUUGAUUUCCAGGAGCCAUGUGGCAGAGCGCUCGGCAACGACUUCAACAAAAUCUUCCUCCCUGCCGUCUACGGAAUAAUAUUCAUGCUGGGGAUAGUUGGUAACGGAUUGGUCGUCGUCGUCAUGGGCUACCAGAAGAAAGUCAAAACGAUGACGGAUAAAUACCGGCUCCAUCUCUCCGUGGCCGACCUGUUGUUCGUCCUCACGCUGCCCUUCUGGGCCGUGGACGCGGCCAAAGAGUGGUAUUUCGGAGGCUUCCUCUGCGUCUCUGUGCACAUGAUCUACACGGUCAACCUGUACAGCAGCGUCUUGAUCCUGGCCUUCAUCAGUUUCGACAGAUAUCUGGCUGUCGUGCGAGCCACGAACAGCCAAGCGACAAGAAAGCUGCUGGCGAACAGAGUGAUUUACGUGGGUGUGUGGCUGCCCGCGGCAAUUUUGACUGUACCCGACCUGGUGUUUGCCCGGGUGCAGAACCUAAAGUCCUCCAAUUUCGACUUCAUGAACGACAGCAUGGAGACAACCGACAGUAUGGAGUCGCCCCACUUCAGAACCAUCUGCCAGCGCAUCUAUCCGGCGGAGAAAAGCAUGAUAUGGACGGUUGUUUUCCGUUUCCAGCACAUCCUGGUUGGUUUCGUCCUGCCCGGCUUGGUCAUCCUCAUCUGCUACUGCAUCAUCAUCUCCAAGCUGUCGCAAGGCGCCAAGGGCCAGGCGCUGAAGAAGAAGGCGCUGAAGACCACGGUCAUCCUUAUCCUGUGUUUUUUCAUUUGCUGGCUGCCCUAUUGCACCGGCAUCUUUUUGGACACGCUCAUAAUGCUAAACGUGGUCUCUUCCACGUGUGAGCUGCAGCAGGCAGUGGAGAAGUGGAUUUCCAUCACUGAGGCGCUUGCUUAUUUUCACUGCUGCCUGAACCCUAUCCUCUACGCAUUCCUGGGAGUGAAGUUUAAGAAAACAGCCAAGAGUGCUCUGAGUAAAAGCAGUAGAUCAAGUCAGAAAGUGACUCUUAUGAGCAAAAAGCGAGGGCCAAUUUCAUCCGUGUCAACCGAGUCCGAGUCUUCAAGUGUUUUGUCAAGUUAACUCCCGGCCCACUUAAGAGCCUCAAUAUUCUCAGGAGGGAGAACUUUAAGCUUUAAUUUGAAAGAACUUACUACAUUUUGUACACAUGUAAAAAAAAAACAACAACCUUUGUACGUUUCUUUUGUAUGCCAUGAAAACUGCAGUUGUUUGCUUUUGUGAGGAUUUUUGUAGCAAUUUUCUAUGUUUCACUGCUCAAAGAAGAUUGUGUCUUUGUGGCAGUGCUUCAGUUCCAUUUCUUUACAACUUUACAGUCCAAAUGGUCUGUUAUCUGACAACCAGAUACAGAGUCACACCAGAGCUCAGCCACACACCGUCUUUUGUUUUUUUCUGACUGGUAGCUGCUUUUGGAAGCCCUGUACAUAGUUUUGUAGCAUUUUUAUAUGUUCGCACUUAAGUUGUGUGAUUUUCUGAAACUUGUUAUUUAUUUCUGUCGUGCACACUGGAUAUUUGUUAAAUAAAGAAAAACUGCAGGUUGCUUUUUAAGUUUUUUAAUAUGUUUUUUAUGUAAAAAAAUAAAAGUUUUGGAGUGCU